GUACGAAGGAAAAAAAUACAAUUUUGACACUUACUGGGGGGGGGCUUAAGCCCCCACACUUGAUGGCCUUGUCUAUACAUGAAAAAGAUUUUUCCAAUUCAAUUAAAAUAUAUUCAAAUUUUUUUUACUUCCAUUUACGUCAAUUAUCAAAGUAGUGGUUGUUUAAGCAGCUUAACCGCCUCCUCCCUCUUAAAAAACUUCCUUCCAAAAUGUAAUUAAUGCAGAAAAAUUGCCUUGCUCUUUGCUUCAUUAUAGUACUACUUAUGUUAAUUGUUUUAACAACAGGUUGUUUAACUAGCUUUACUACCCCCAUUCUCAAGUUCUUCCCCAACUGGACUUAAGCUAAAAAGCUGUCUUGCUUUUCCCUUUUGGCAGAAUUAGCUACUGUAGAGUGGGAGGGUAAUGGGCAUGGCCAGUGAGACCACGCCCAUUUUGCCUCGUUUCAAUGCUUUAUACCAGGUUAUAAAGCACCCCUACCCAUACCCCUUCUUUGCGUCGCCACUGUCCGCACUUCUAACAUUGCCAAUACUCCAUUAAGAUCGAAAGCAACACACGCCUUAACAUCAUCAAGCAAAUUCUUGACCUCACCCCAGUGGCGGUUUUAAGGGGGGUCCAGGGGCCAUGGCCCCAGGCCCCGUGCUUAUGGUAGCCAAAAGGGGCCCUACACCUAAGAAAAAGAUAGAAAUUGUAAAGCCCCGCAGUUUCUUGCCACCGGGCUCCGCAGUCCCUAAAACCGCUGUUGCCUCACCCGUUCGAAGAGCAAUUUUCGCAAAAACCUUCCUAACGAAAAGGAUCAAACUUCAUUAUUCUAUUUUCCAGCUGUUCGCAUCAAGUUUCGUACAAUGAAUGACAUACCGUAAUGAUAGUGAUAAACAUGUCAAGUUCUAUUUAAAUCGGAGAGCUUCAAGAUAGCAAUGAAUUGUAGAUGUUUAUGUCUAAACUUUCUCCUGUGGUUUCUGAUCGUUAUCAAAUAAAGACGAUGUUCACACAUUGAAAUUAGCUGCAUCUUGGUUAAGUUCUUGAUUUUAUGCGAUUUAGCAUUACGUCCCGCCGUCAUAUGUUCAGAUUUGCAGAUUUUCUAUUCAACUCUAAUUUGAAAUAAAUUAAAGAUAAUAAUGACGAAAUUUCAGCACAAACAUUAUUGAAUCAUCAGAUUUUGUUUGUUAAUAGAAAAACUAAAGGCAUUUCCUGUCUUUCUUUCUUGGACCUGGGAUCCUAUUAAAAUAUUCAUUAUGACCCCUAUGGUCUUCCUAUCAAGAAAUUUCAGCUUCUGAUUGCAAGAGGGAGAGGUCAUUCGCAUUGCAAGUACUUUAAUGUAGAUGUUUGCCAAAGAGGUUUGUUCUUGAACUCUGUGUGGUAAGAAAGGCAGUGGUAAGAGAAACACCCAUGUUUUGGUUGCUACUGCCAUGAUUUAGUGGGGAUCAGAACAAGCUUAGGAUCAAAUCAACACACAGGUAUCUAAUGCUACAAAUCUCUGUCACAGAGAAUCUGGUUUUUGCUAAUUAAGAAGGAAGUUUGCUUCGGAAGAUCGUUUGCGUUCGUCUUUUACUGGAUUUUUGCAAGUUAUGAUUUAAAUGACUUGCGCAAUAGCUGGACUUAGGAACCUCAGCUGAAUCCUCUUGUAAGCUGCUUAAUACUUUUUCUGAAGGAAAUAGGGCAGUACGGGCAUGAAAUUUGGCUAGUGGGAUGAAAAGAUAACAAAUCAAUAAAAACAGAACCAGAACUUGAGCGAUACAAAGUUGGCGGAUAGCGUUUGGAUGGAACGAGUAGUAAAGAGGAUUAAACUUGAUAUCGAUUGGGAACUUGGUAUACAAAGAGUAUGAAUAGCUCACUAAGGGACUACUGUCCGAAUGCAUACUCUGAUCGUUGGCUGAUCAGUCCUGCUAGCUCUAAGUCACUGGCCAUCACCUACAUCUGCUUGGUACCCAUAACAGUGAUCUCUAAUUCCAUCGUGUUAUAUCGAAUAAUCAGCGCAAAGCUAUACAAAAAAGUAUCUAAUUUCUUCAUUCUCAUCAUGACGAUUGCUGAUUUUCUAAUUGGCACAAUCACCCUCCCGUCGGUUUAUGCUCUCUACUCAAAGUAUGCAUCGGUUCGUGUUUGCACUCUAGAGCUUGCUACACAGUUUAUCUCCACAAGCCUCGUGUACGUUUCAAUAACAAUGGUUAUGCUUGUUGCUAUUGAUCGGUUGGUUCAUCAGAAGUUCCCAAUGCGCUUCUGUAUGAUAUUCACGAAACGCUUUGCUAAACUAAUUGCAUGCAUAUCCAUAUUUGUUUCGAUGUUGGUCUCCGGAUUGCUUACAAUGUCGUCAGUAUUCAACCGAAUCCGGAUCGUUAGUCUCAUCUGCUCAGUGCUAUUCGUAGUCAUAAUAGUAGUGGUUUUUAUAUCGUAUUUUAGGACAUACGUUCAUAUCAUCAGAUACGUCCGCAACAGCACGGUUUGGAACCCAAGAAGAACCGUUGAUUCGCGAACAAUCGUCCCACAGCCAUCCAAGCAGAGAAAUCCAAAGUACUUGCGCCAGUUUAGUACCACGGUUUUUCUUAUAAUCCUUGGUAUAUGCUUUUGUUACUUACCUUUUGUUAUCGUGAUGUCCCUAGCCCUUUUCAAGAGCUACUCAAAAGAAUGCAUCAUGGACUGCAGCGGAGACAGUGAGGGACUGCGGUUGUCUCUCUACGUCUCUUAUGCCCUUAUAUACAGCAAUUCUAGCUUGAAUUCAUUGGUUAUCAUCUUUAGAAAUCGGAGUGUAGCAAGGUAUGUACAGCAACGUAAGAUCGCUGCGGUGAGUCUUGAGAAGGUCAGGUUCAGGCGGCCAUCAGCUAUUUCUAUGAUGUAAAAUUUCACGCAAAAGUUAUACCGUACCGUUUGCUGUAAAAUAUCUUAGCAUGAUAUGUUCGAGAAAUUGUUGACCAUUAUACAACAGAAGAACGAGAAACAUCGUACGCAAUCCAUCACACUUACUGGAAAUAACCUUAUAAAACUACUUCCAAUUCAACUAAGAAGGCUCAACAAAGCAGAUCUAAACAUCGCAUAUAAUCAGAUAUAUAAAACAUUUGUUUGUAUUUAUGAUCUAACGUCACGCCUUCGUAUGCGAUGUUCGUAUACGAUACAAUGUCAGCAUAUAACAUGAAAUGAACAUAUGGGAGAUGUUUAUGCACGAUGCCUGAAUAUUUGAUAUUAACAACAUCUUUUAUGUCCGUUUUAAUGUUGCUUUAGAUAAUACCACAUUGGCUUAUUGCUAUGUCACAAGAUGUAUGGAUGUAGCAACAAAAAGAUCCUUGCAAUCGGUCUAUUCAUAUUAGUCUUACUGUUCUGUAUUUUCUUGGUAAUUGUGUUAGUCAAGUGUCAUUGCAUCGAAGGCCUCAAUUAUUGCACACCCAUUCCAAUAUGCAAUGUCAUAAUAGGUUAUAUUUGUCUGGGGGGGUGGAUGGGCACCGUGCCAUUAUUUAGGGGUACCUUUUUUCUGUUAAGUGUGGUAUUAUCGGUAUCUGUUUUGAAAUUUGUGCGGAACUAUGGGUAUCGUUUGAAGAAACAUGCAGAAUUAUGGGUAACAUUUUGGGGAAAUAUUGCAAAAUUAUUAGGAGGGAGAUUUAGCAUUAACAAAAUGAAUGUCCAGUUAGAAAUAGAAUGUGUAAUAUUGUGAUUUUGGGGCAUAGGACAUGCAAAGUUUGAUUGAUGAUUUUUUAGAUGCUUUAGAAAAUUUUAUUUGCUCUGCAGAAUUAUGGGUAUAGUUUUCAUCAUGUUUGCGGAAUUAUGAGUCACAUUUUUUUGGACAUUUGCGGAAUUAUGGGUCCAAAAUUUUAACCAACAUGGCACGUCCCCGUCCAAAAUUAGGCAUAGUUUAACCCCCGAGAUAAUUGAAGUGUAUGCUCAUUGUUUUAAACUUAAAAGAAAGUUGAUAAUAUUAUGCAGUCAUAAUCAUUAUGAUAGUACGUAUACAGAAUAAUGAUCCUAUAUCAAUGUUACUUAUAUCAAUGUGCAUAGUACUAUCAGUGUCCUACUUACGCACUAACUCCCUAUCUUAUUAAAUUGUAAGACUCUGUUGCAUCGUUAGAAGUAAAACAGUUCUUACUUUGUAGUUUACGCAAAAAUUCCUCUGUAGAAUUAUUUAAUAUUUUAUGGAUAUAUGUUGAAUAGAAAAUAUUGUUCAGAAACUUUGCUUUCUUCUUUUGUCUUUCUGCGAUCAAAGCUUUUUAAGGACAGCUGUCACUUUGUAAGUGUGAAUUUGGUUAAAUAAGACUGUCCUUUGUAAGUAAAUUUUUGUGAUUUCGCUGUGAUAUUUUAACAAACGUCCUAUAUCGUAUUAAGGAA